AUGGCAUAUUUCUUGUUAUAUACCUUUUUACUUCCCGUACUCGUUACCAUUGCACUUGCCGUCUUGAACGCGAGGUCCCGGUACAAAACAAUACGGCCUUUACCAGGCAUGAUUGAGCCAAGACAGCUACCGUACAUCUUUCCGUAUAUCGGUCAUAGCCUGUCCUUCUUCAGCACAAGACCUCAGAAGUUCUGGCAGUGGGUUGAGGCCUGUCAACCAGGCAUGCAGGAUUAUGUAUUACUGGUCCUUGGCUCGCGAAUACAAGUGAUUUCCACGCCACCGGCUGUGAAAGCCCUGUUUGACAUGCGACAUCUCGGGAAUCAUGUCUUUUCUACCUGGGUAGUUCAGGCUAUGUUUGGCCUUCCUUCGCUCGAUGUGUCAAUUUUCCGAUCUGAUUUCAAAGGCUUUGGACACGCAUUUCGGCACUACCUCCUCAAAACCGAGGCCACCUCUGAGCUUGUAACUGUUUAUUUGCAACGGCUACGAGAGCAGCUAUUGCGCCAUGACGAUCAACGCGACAUCCAACUCGGCAGCUGGGUUCAUCAUGACAACUUCAACGCCUCCGUGGAUACUAUAUUUGGGGUCAGGCUACUCCAGAUAUAUCCAGAACUGGAACAAGACUUGUUUAUAUUCAAGAAGAACACAAUGAGCCUUCUUGCUGGCCUGCCCCGAUUACUAUUUCCGGCGGGAUACAGAAUUCGCAACAAGAUAGUUUUAAAAUUUCAAGAGUUUCACCAGCUAACUCUCGGUUCAAGGAUUUCAGAUAUCCCCGACCCCGAUGCUAUCGGCUGGCAACCAUCCGUAGGGAGCAGGAUGUGGCGGGCGCUGCAUAUGUGGUAUGCGAAAAGCAAGAUGACCUCGCUAGGAGCGGCGUGUCUGGAUGUGGGUAUCUUGAUCGCCGCUACCUCCAAUUCAAUACCUGUCUGUAUAUGGAUGUUGAUGCACAUUUUGGACACGAACUCCAACAAAGGCCUCCUGCAAAAUAUUCUGAACGAACUAGCUCCAAUACGCUUGGAUGAUGGCCGAAUCAAUGCGCGAAGCCUGGCAGAGCUACCCAUUCUUCAAAGCGUCUAUCUCGAAGUGCUACGUCUAUAUACUGAUGGGUUGCUUAUCCGACACAUCGACAAGAGUUCUAAAAUCGCAGUUGAUUCAAAGACAAGUCUUGUUCUUUCUCCUGGAAUUGUGGCUGCCUCGACUUGGCUCAGCCACCAUUCUCCGCAUAGCUUUGCAAACCCACCAGCAGAUGUCUUCUUUGCUGAACGUUUCGUAACGGUGGAUGCGCAGUCCGGAAAACGACUAUUCAAGUCUGGAGACUUGGCGGGCAGAUUGUUUCCUUAUAGUGGCGGGGAAUCCAUGUGCCCUGGGAGGAACUUUGCGAAGCAAGAGAUCUUAGGGACAGUGGCCAUGAUUCUGACAGCCUUUGAUCUUCAGUUUAUUGAAUAUCUUGAUAGUAAAGGGAAUGCCUCAAACACGUUCCCAUCCAGAGUUGCCUAUCACCUCAGUGCUGGAGUUAUGGUACCCGAUGGCGAUAUGAGAGUAAAGGUUACGCGGCGGGGAGCAUAA